GCCAAGCCAAGCGAAGCGAAGCUUACAAGGCUUCGGUUUCUCUCUCUAGUUUGCCUUCGCAAAUCGAACCCACUCUCUAGGGUUGGGUUUUGCAUAAAUUGAGGUGAGAAUGGAUUGGAAUUCACAUGGGAACCUGCAUGAGCAGAUUUCUCAGCUUAUGCAAUGCAAGCCCUUGUCCGAGCCAGAGGUAAGGGUCUUGUGUGACAAGGAAAAGGAGAUUUUGAUGGAAGAGAGCAAUGUCCAGCCCGUGAAAAGUCCUGUUACAAUUUGUGGUGAUAUUCACGGACAAUUUUAUGAUCUUGCAGAGCUUUUUCGCAUUGGAGGGAAGCUUUUGGUUGCCCUUAAAGUGCGUUAUCCUCUGCGUAUUACUAUUCUAAGAGGAAAUCAUGAAAGCCGUCAGAUUACCCAAGUUUAUGGGUUUUAUGAUGAGUGCCUACGGAAGUAUGGUAACGCUAAUGUUUGGAAGAUCUUUACUGAUUUGUUUGAUUACUUCCCAUUGACGGCAUUGUUUGAGCCAGCUCCCAGGAGGGGAGAACCAGAUGUAACCAGGAGAACACCUGAUUACUUCCUAUGAUACAAUGUUGGUUGAGUUGCUCUGUUGCUGUCACCAACUACUGCCCUUCAAGCUCAUCUACUUGUCAAAAUCAGAGCCAUGCUUCUAAUUGAUCCUUGCGUUUUCGAUGUUAGGCUUCUUGAAUGUGUUAUUUACUUGAACUAUAUUUGUACCUUUCCAAGAGAAGCAGAGGAGCAGGCGAUGCUAUUAUGGUGGUCAUAUGUACCAUUCCAGCAUGAGAUGUAUCAUUUUCAAUGUGUUUCCAGUUUUCCCCUUUUCUAUAUUCUUUUAGUUCUUUAGGCCUCCCCCCUCCCUUCUUUUCAAUUUAGAAGCAUUAUUGAUCAAGGUAUGGGUUUCUGUAGAUGGACGAGAUGCCUUAAAAUACCCUCUAAUGGGCGCUUUAUAAAUUUUUUCCCCGUCGUUU